AUUUGGCUCAGGAAGAAGCCCCAGCAGGCAAAGCAUCCCAGGAUGGGACUGCUGACCUUCAGGGAUGUGGCCAUAGAAUUCUCUCAGGAGGAAUGGGGAUGCCUGAACCAGAGUCAGCAAGAACUGUACAGGGAUGUGAUGUUAGAGACCUAUGGACACCUCCUCUUCUUGGCUGUAUCUUCACAUGGCACCUCAAGCUUCCUGACAAAGCGAUGCAUAGAAGCUCCUUUAGAAAAAGUGUCACUGGGUACAUAUAAACAUUGUACCCUUGAGAAUUUACACUUAAUGUUAAACUGGGACAGCGAUGGAAAGAGUGAAGUGCAUCAAAGAUAUAAGGAAGGACACAGCCAAAUCGAGUCGACUGCCCAGAAUAAGAACUUCACUGCUGAAACUGGCAAAGGAUAUAAAACAUUUUGGAAAACCUCCCCUUUUAUGUCCUCUACUUGUGCAAAGCAGUGUGUAUCUGUAAACACAAUCUCAAAUCAAAUAUUCAAAUAUACAUAUUUGGGCAAAUAAACUUUGGAGCAUUUGGAGAAUUACCUCAUCCAUACUA